AUGCACGAACAGGGUCAAGGCUUCUCGCUCAUUCGGGCCUUCUUCCGGCUCAAUGCCAUGGGAGCGUUGACGGGCGCGGCCAUUCUUUUGCUCAUCACCACCAUCGGAACGCCCAUCUUCAACAAGUUCUCCUUCUCGACGACGACCUUUGGUGAUGGCGGCGUACUCAGACUUGGCAUGUGGGGAUAUUGCUAUACAAAUGCUGCGGGGGUGCAGACGUGCCCAAAGACCAACGUCGGCUACUCUCUCACACUGGAGAACUUCCCAGGCUAUGCAGCCAAUCCAGGCGUGGCGCCCCAAGUCGUCUUUGCGCCCAUCACGGCCAGUCUGAUUUUCUAUCCGCUCGCCGUCGGCUCGACAUUGCUCGCUCUGCUCUUCUCGCUCUUGCCGUUCCGCAUUGUCACUUUCUUGGCCAUUGGCAUGACAUUCCUCUCCAUUGGCGCGACUGGCAUCAGCUUCGGCCUCGCCCUCAAUGCCUUCACACAAGCUAACUCUCGCAUCGGCUUGCUCUUCACACCACUAGGCUUUGCAUCGCCCAAGCUCGACCUCAAUCUCUGGUUCACCAUCGCCGCCGUCGUUGUGGAGGUCGGCGCGUUCCUCUUCUUGAUGAUCGCCAUGCCGCCCAAGCGAGAGAAGCCUGCCAACGAAGACAUGUACAACACCAUGCUCGAUCGUGAGAAGGACGUCGGCACAGACUAUUCCAUGCGCCAUCCUGCCGAUUACAGCGGCAGUCGCACCCGUCACUCUGGCGAUUAUUCGAGAUCGGGCGACUAUUCGAGACGGUCCCAUCGCUCAUCGCGUCGUUCGCAUCGCUCAUCACGCAGCAGACCACACUCGUCCGGAAGAUCACGUCACUCGCGCCGAACUCACGACGAUGACGAGAGCCGGUACUCCAAGCGUCGGUCCCACAGAGAUCCAGAGAGCGAGGAGGAACCAUCAGAGGAAGAAGAGGAGGAGGAAGAGGAGCGUUCCGAGCUGGGCACCGAGCGAACCGAAUCAGACUAG